AGUAUUCGAAUAUACGAUAAUAAAUCACAACGUGCUUAAGUAAUUUUAUUUUAAUGUUAAUGUUAUAACUAUAUUAAUUGUUAUUAUAGCAAAAUGGUUCGAAAAUUUAAAACUAAAAAACAAAAAAAAAUAAAAGAUGUAUUCAAUCAAAUCUCUAAACGCAAUGAAGAGUUAAAAGGAAAAACAAAUGAACCACCAAAAGAUCCAAAGCGGCAAGAUGUUCCUCGAAGCUUACGUGAAUUCAUGCAACUAAAAAAAUUAGCUAAAAAUGAUUUAAAACAUAAAAGUCAACCAUACAUUGAUAUAGGAAACAGAGUACGAAAUAAUAAUCAAAAAUGUGCAUUUGAAAUAGAACAAAAACCUGAAGAAGUAAAUGUUAUUCGAGAAAAUGGUGUUGUCAUUACAGAAUCUGCAGUUGUUCAAACUACAAAAGAAAAAUUAAUACAAGCAAAACAAAAGAGGCAGUUAAAAACUAAACUGAAAAGAGAAAAAAAGAAAGAGAAAAAAAAACAAAAACUUAAUGUAGAUACACAAGAAAAAGAAGAACAUGCCAUUGAAUACCUCAAAGACAAUUUUGAAUUUGGUGAAACUGUUCAUUGUCCUCCUACUUUGACAGUGAAACCAAGAAAAGCAGUUAUUAAUGAAUUUGAAAAUCGACCUGGUCGAAAAGAUGACUUGUUUUUGAAGUCUAUGUUAGUAGAUUCUGGAAAUUCUAAAAAAGCAAAGAAAAUAAAUGAUGUCAUUUUGAAAAAACCUAGUAAAAGUGCAGUUAAACGUAAAGCAUUUACAGGUAAACGCAAAGCAUUGUCUUUGUCUGAUCGAAGAAUAAUAGAAAAAGAAAGAGAUUCAGCUGUAUUAGCAUAUAGACAACUAAAAAAAAACUCAUUGAAUAAAAAUAGUUGAAUUAUAUUUGUAAUUUA